GGAACCUGCACCUGUUUAAAGAUGUGUUUCUUAUUUGUGUUGCUCCGCUUUUUAUUUUCAGUCUCGGAUUUGCAUACAGAUGGUACCCAUGCAAUGUCAUGAACAGGAAAUGGAGAAAUAUUUGGGGUUGAUGUUUGGGAGCCUUUAAACAAUCAGCUAACUGUGUGAACGUGAAUCUGACUGCUCGUGUUCACUUCCUAGAGGUGGAGGUUUUGUGUUCGACAAGGUGCGGCUGUCAGAGACGCAGAAGAAUACGGAGAGAAGGUGAAUUCUGAGUCACGUAGAAGUCCUCAUUACUGAUAAUGUCAAGCAUUCUGCUUAUUCGACGCCUCCGCCGCACUCGUCAACCCUCAACACCAACGCUAGCUGGUUCAAAGGUGCUUCUUUGCGUCAUGCCCAUUGUUCAGAUUGCAAUUGGGGCAGUGUACCUACAUGACUGUCCACGGCAGCACUAUAUCCCCAUCUAUUUGAUAGUGUUGGGAGUCUUUAGCCUGGUCCUAGCGCUGCUCUCCUGCCUGCCCUGUGCCCAGGAUCCCAACGAUGGCACCUCCAGCCCACUGAGUUACGUCUUCACAGCCUGGAACUCGCUGGUGUCUUUAUUCCUCUUGUGCUGGUUUAUCACUGGUAGUGUAUGGAUCUACUCUAUUUAUCAGCCCAACUAUGACGAGGCCAUCACAGAAGUGGAUCCUUACUGCAACAGGAGGCUCUACCUGUUCGCUUUCUGGACAACCACUGUGGCCUACAUCCUUCUAGCUUUGUCGUUGGUAGUCGGCUGCUUCGUCUUAAUGUGUGGAAAGUCCAACUCUGACGACGAUGACGUUGUUGUACCAGGGCCCUAAUCACACAGUUACGCAUGAGCGGCAUUUUUCCUCUGCACUGUAAUGUUCGGUAACAUGCUGUAAAAGAAAUGGAAAAAACGUAGUUGCAGUAUCUUCACUCCUCUAAGAUAUACACAAAAUAUUAAUCUUAAGAUUUGCAAUGAAAUAAAUGUUCUAUUUUGUCAUUUAAAGAAGUAAAUGAAAUUAAAAGUGAAAGAA